AUGGAGGAACUACUCGCUCGUCAUCGCAAAGAGCAAAAAGACUUAAUCGCUCAAAUCACAUCGUUGAAGAAGCAAGCUCUGAAAAAGACUCGCAAAUCGGUGAACACAAAAUGUGCCGACUUGCAGAGCAGUCUACAAGCUAGGCACGCCAAGGAAAUUGCAGAUCUUUCCAGUGACUCGUCCAUAUCUACAGAUUCCUUCACACCCGAGCAAUUACUAGCCGCAAUGAAUCUCGGUUCAUCAGCGACACUGGAACAAGCCAUUGAAAAGACCGCACACCAGGAAUCUUCCUCGCAAUCUCCGGGAAAAAAGAGAAACCGCGCCAGAGAAAGACUAGCGAAAAGACAGGCGCAGAUCGAUGCCAUGACAGCAGAGGCGCAAGCAGAAGCCGCCGAUUCGGUCGAUUACCGUGCAAUCGAGGCCGAAAGCAUGGGUCUCUUAUUGCGGGCCCUGGGCUUGCAGAUGUACGAGAUCCAGCCCGAUGGACACUGUCUAUUCCGGUCCAUUCAGGACCAGUUACAUCAUCGCCACGAAUUCUCGGCCGAUGCCGCGGAUCUUUCUGUCUCGGCAAUCCGCAGACGGGCAGCGGAUCAUAUUCGAGCACACCCGGACUCGUACAUUCCAUAUUUGUUUGAUCAGGAGACAAUGAGUGUCCAGGACGUGGGCGAGUAUACUAAGGAACUAGAGGAAACGGCAAUGUGGGGCUCCGACUUGGAGAUUGCGGCCCUAGCCGCGGUCUACGAGUGUCCAAUCAAAGUGCUAGUAGCCGGAAGUGCACCCAUAGUAUUUAACGAGGCGGGGCCCAAGCCAGAACUAAUAGUGGCUUACUACAAGCACAGCUACGGUCUUGGAGAGCACUACAAUUCGUGCCGGGAUAUCGAACGAGAUGUACGGGUGUGA